UAAUUAUAUUCAUUCAUCUUUCUUCAAACCUACUAAUAGAUGGGUCCAAAGUCAAUCCAUAAAAAAAUAUUUUUUUUUAACUAGUAACAAUUUGAUAAAUGUGUUUUUUUUACUUGGGGUCUGAGUAGAUGAGAUAAAAUCGACGAAGUUUUGUUACUGUAUCAUAAAGGUUAAAGUGCAGAGUUAAUUCAUUUGAUUUUAUCGUCGGUUUUCGUUCCUAGUCAGAAAAUAUAAAUUUUAUUUAUAUCUCAACAGAUAAAAGUUCCUGAAAAUGAGUCGGUCGUGAUAUUGGUCACUGGCAUUAGUGUACGUUUGUGAAAGUUAAAAAAUGGGUGAAAACGAGAACCAAGUCGUACGCAAAAGGGCCUUAAGUGCUACCAAAGCUGAUGAAAUUCAAGCUGUCGAAAAAAAGGUUAGAAGCAGUCAGCCUGAUAAGCCAUGCCACAAACCCAGAGAUUCACUUUUUUCCUGGAACUCCGGAUUUGACAACUUUACUGGAUUAGUCAAUUGGGCUUUCCUUUUGUUGUCUAUGGGUGGUUUGAGAUUAUUACUUGAAAACUUUAUCAAAUACGGUAUAAGGGUUGAUCCAUUUCAAUGGAUAUCAUUUGUAAUCAAUCCAGAAGACGGUUCAGAAUAUCCAUCUUUAUUAUUAUUGUUAUAUCAUAUUGUACCUCUUUCAGUGUGCCUUAUAAUCGAAAAAGCCUUGUCAGCUGAAGUUGUUCCAAAUGGUAUUGGAAUGCUAGUCCAUGUAGUUAAUUUACUUUCAGUAAUAUUAUUGCCCAUGGUUAUUAUACAUGUUAAAGAUGGAUUCAGCCUAGUGGGUGCUUCUACAGUUUGCACAGUUUAUAGUGUACUAUUUCUAAAACUGUGGUCCUAUGUACAGGUUAAUAUGUGGUGCAGAAGUGCGAGGCAAAACAAUAAUAAAGGCUCAUUGCGUAGACAGUCUGUAUCUUUGAGCAGUCUUCAAAGGGCAAAAGAACAGAAAAAACAGAGUGUAAAAGGCUCUACCGAAGAUCUUGGUGAUGGUUUGGUCCAUUAUCCGGAUAAUCUAAGGCUGAAAGACUUGUAUUAUUUUAUUUUCGCACCUACUUUAUGCUACGAACUAAAUUUUCCUAGAACUGAAAGAAUAAGGAAAAGGUUUUUAUUAAGAAGAGCAUUUGAAGUAAUUGUGGGAACACAAAUUAUUCUUGCAGUCAUACAACAAUAUAUGAUACCAUCAGUCAAAAACUCCUUAGUGCCCUUCAGUAAUAUGGAUUACACACUUGCUACAGAGAGGCUGUUGAAAUUGGCUAUUCCUAAUCAUCUCAGUUGGCUAAUAAUGUUCUAUAUUCUCUUCCAUUCGUUCUUGAAUUUGACAGGUGAAAUUUUACAAUUCUCAGACCGACAUUUCUAUGCUGAUUGGUGGAACGCAAACAAUAUUGAUAUAUUUUGGAGGACGUGGAAUUUACCAGUUCACAGAUGGGCUGUGAGGCAUUUGUAUCUUCCAAUGGUGGACAUGGGUUAUGGUAGGUUAACUGCCAGUAUGGUUGUCUUCUUUAUUAGUGCCUUCUUCCAUGAAUAUAUGGUUAGCGUACCAUUAAAAACCUACAAAAUAUGGGCUUUCAUGGGCAUGAUGGGUCAAAUACCACUCUCGUUUCUCUCACGAGCUGUCGAAAAACGGUACGGCCCCAGAUUUGGCAACAUCGUCGUCUGGUCAUCCAUUAUAAUUGGACAGCCAUUAUGUAUUAUGAUGUAUUACCACGACUACAUGGUAAUACACCAUGGUCCAGCCAUAGCUGAAUACGCUCAGGUGUAGGAACUGUUGCGCCAUCUAGCCCAAAAAUCGAGAUCAAAUAGUGUAGAUUUUUUUCUAUUUUUAAGUCCUGUAUCACAUUUUAAAGAGACCGGAGUAGUGAUCAUAGUGAACAUACCAAAAAAGGUAUGAUUAUUUUGUAAUCUGUUUACGUUGCAUUUGAUGCAUUUCUAAGGAGAUUAAAAACUAAGUAGGUGUUUUUGUAUUUUUUGUAUCAAAAUUUAAUAAAACAGCGCAAUAAAAUAAUUAGUACAAUAUGCAAUACGGAAAUCUACUUAUAAGAUGUAUUUUUAUAAAAUAUUGUUUGAUUUUUUUAUAUUUUAAUUUAUAUUUUCUUUAUUAUUAUUUUUAUCUAGGUGUUGUAUGUUUUUUUAUAUUGAUACAUCACUUUUAGUUACCUGUUAAUACCCAAAAAUAUAAUAUUGUAUAUUUUAGAUAAGAAUAGUUAGUUUUUUUUAAAUAGCUUUAUUUUGAAUUAAAAAUUUGUCUUCCCAUUAGAAAAAUGUACGCUCAAGUUAAAUAGAUUGAUUCUGAUGAAAGGUGCUAUAUUAAAAAUUUCAUAACUGUUUAAAUCUUUGCAUUUAAACAUAAAUUAUACAAUAACUUUUUAUUCCAUAUAUAGAUUGUUGACAGUUUGUUGUUAUUGCUAUAUCAUUAUUUAUACGUUAUGAAAUAAAUAUUAAGACUGAAUUAA